AUGACUAUGACUCUAGUGGCUUCGAUCGGCAAGCAGCCCUUUGUCGAGGUGGCAUUCCAGUUUUUCGAAUUGGCCGUGAGUCUGUGUCCGGAAAGCUGCUUUCAGCAAUUGCUAGAAGAGGGAUGCAGCGGCAGGAAAGCGCUAGAGUUGGAACUGGAAAAAGAGAUCAUUAGCCAUCCCGAGCUGGACUUGGAAGUGGAACCUCGGUUUUUGAUGAAAAGCAUUUCGCGCAAUCAGCUUUACGACCAAUCUGCUCUGGAGCUGAAAAUCAAGCUGGUGAUUGUUUCCAAAACUGUCAUCGCUUAUCUUGACCUCUUUGACGGAGAUUUCGCAGAAGCGUUUUUCAAAUUCCGAUGGACCCUCCAGUUUUUGCAUGAAAGCCGCAGAAUUCCAAGCGUUUUUAACCUCCCCAUUGCAGUUUCUCUAGACUAUGAGCGUUCAUUGUCCCUUCUGUGUGCUAAAUCGCUCAUCAAAGGGUUCGGUGGCCUUCAAGCCUCUAAAGCAAAGAUCGCCUCAGAAUUCAAGGUUGAUCGUCUCGAUAUUUUCGAAGGAUUACUGGCAAACAUAUUAGACUGUACCGAACCUAGCAUUUUGACAUGCGGUGACGAACUGGACCAAUUUAUGAUGGACGAAAUGUUCACCGUCCUGGGCCAAAUAGAAAAAUGCAUAGCUUUUCUGAAAGGGCCAUUAUGCGAGGUAGAAGAUUUUGGCAUUUCGAAAAGUUACGCCAUCAGGCCGCAAAGAAGUCAUAUUGACGGUAUGAUUCGUAAGUUUAUUCUCGCAUCUACUUUCAAAUUGUCUGGAGACCCCACUUAUGUCCGCUGUUUCGAUAAAAUUCUGGAGGGAAUAAUCCUAUAUGGUGGAAUCCAUCUGUGUAUCAUAGCAUUCUUCCUUGAGCUUAAAAGAUUCCAUCAGGCAGAGUUUGUGUUGAGCCGUUCAACGCAGCAACCCGCCCGAAUCGUGAAAUCAUCGUAUGCAGCGCUUGCGGAAGAGCUUACAGAAGACUGGGAUAAGAUGGAAGCUUUUAACGCCGGUUCAAAAUAUCUUCAGUGCCCCCAAGUUCUCAUGAAAGCAAGCGGUAAUGGACUGAUAAUGGUGAACACACUUUAUGAAGAGUCGGAUAAGGAACAUAACCACGAAAUAACACUUUUACUCAGCGCUGCCAAACUCAAGGCAAAACGUAAAAUUUAUGGAAAGCCACAGACCCAUCAGCAGUUCUCGAAAGCCCAGUGGCAGAAAGGUGUCUCCUGGGUGCGAUUUUGGGAGAAUUGCUAUCUGGAUAACAAAGGAGACAUGCCAUGUGAGCUCGGAAAAUUGUUGCAUGAUAUAUAUGACCCUUCGUUUUCCUCUCAAUGA